GACGCCGUAUCCUGAGGCGCGGGCGGAGGCGGCGAUGAUGGUGGCGGGGAUGGAGGAGGAGGAGGAGGAGGAGGAGGAAGCAGCGGGCGGUGGUGGUGGCGGUGAGGGGCCGGGCUGCGGCUGCAAGGGGAUCCGCUCCUGCCUGCUCUGCGAGGGGCCCGCUCAGGCCGCUCCGCCCCCGCAGGGAGAAGAUAAUUUCACUUACUGUCCAGCAACAGGUUUAGCGAAAGGAAAUGAGCACUCGGAAUUUGCUGGCUGGGCAUUUCCAUUUCCAGGGGUGUUCUUGACAGAGGAGUUCGUUAGUGAAGAAGAAGAAGCAGAGAUGGUUGCACUGAUGGACCGCGAUGAAUGGAAACCAUCACAGUCUGGCCGAAAGAAACAGGAUUACGGACCCAAAGUGAACUUCAAGAAACAGAGGUUGAAAGCUGGUAGCUUUACAGGUUUGCCAAGUUUCAGCAAAAAGAUUGUGACCCAAAUGAAGGCUUGCUCUGUACUAGGUGGUUUCCUACCUGUUGAACAAUGUAAUCUGGACUACAGGCCAGAAAGAGGUUCUGCCAUCGACCCACAUUUUGAUGACUGGUGGCUUUGGGGAGAGCGUCUGGUUAGCUUAAACUUGCUCUCAAACACCGUGCUCUCCAUGUCUUGUGAUUCAGAGGACAGCAUCCAAUUAUUUCCCACUUUCGGUAAAGAAAGCGGGGAAUUAAGUCCCCCUGGAUCUCUUACAGAGACGUCAGCCUGCAAAAGUUCAAACAAACAGGGAACCGACUACGUUUUAUCCCCAAGGCUUGUUCCCAGCAAAGAGGUGACCGUUGCCAUUCACUUACCCAGAAGGUCCCUGGUGGUGCUGCACGGUGACGCACGUUACAGGUGGAAGCACGCGAUUUACCGCAAGAAUAUAGAGCACCGGCGGGUCUGCGUCACGUUCAGGGAGCUGUCUGCAGAGUUCAGCACUGGAGGAAGGCACGAGGAGCUGGGUAAAGAACUGCUAGAAAUAGCGCUUUCGUUUCAAGGAACACCAGUGUGAUCAGCAAGGGGGGGGCUAGAACUGUGUCAUGUUAGGAAAUUUGGGUUGAAAAAUAAAGUACAGUAUUUUUACAACUUGA